AUGUCUACUGAAAAGUCCACAACUCAAAAUUAUGAAUGGAUCAUCCAUUUGCCGAUUCAUGUCGCAAACCCGGUACCUAAGGAAAAGGCAAUAGAGCACAGAAAGCGCUGUAAUCAAGAGGUCGACUUUUGGCUUUGUGAGGGACUGGUACUUGAGGAGCCUGCCGCCAGUGUACCUGGAGCGCGCAUCAAACGCAGUCACAUGAUUGUGAGCGCGCCGUCUAAGGAAGCAGUCUUCGCUCGUCUUCGGGACGAUAUUUUCUACCCUAGUCAAUGGGACGUGGAUAAUGCAGAAAUUGAGCCGUUUAUUAGUGUGUCUAGAAAACCACUGGGAGAUAGCACACAGAAGUGA